AUGUUCAAAUAUACAUUUCAAUUUACUUGGUCCUAUCUUCUCAUAGCCACCAUCGUGGUAUCUGCUAUUGAGUUAGAUAUAUCCUCCAAUUCCUCCAUAUGUGCCGCAGCUAAAAUAGUUUCAGAUGGUGCCUGGAAUUAUUACGAAGGAUUUGCAUAUGGUGGUGUUGUUGGUAUGUUUGCUCAGCCUAAUUAUUGGUGGAAUGCAGGUGAAGCAUUUGGUGGAUUACUUGAUUAUUAUACAUUUUGCGACAAUAAGAAUACAACAUUAGAAGGAUGGAUCUUUAAUGGGAUGUAUCAUCAAGCAGGUGAAAACUUUAAUUAUGUCCCAUCUAAUCAAUCAAUGACUGAAGGUAAUGAUGAUCAAGGGGUAUGGGGUAUGGCAAUUAUGCAAGCUGUAGAACGUAAUUUCACAGAACCUGCAUCUCAUAGUUGGUUAGAGUUGGUACAAGCAGUUUUUAAUACAAUGAAUUCCAGAUGGGAUACUGCAAAUUGUGGUGGAGGUUUGAGAUGGCAAAUUUUCACCUGGAACUCAGGUUAUGAUUAUAAGAAUUCAAUUUCCAAUGGUUGUCUCUUCCAUUUAGCUGCUAGGUUAGCCAGAUAUACGGGAAAUGGAACUACAUAUCUUGAUGUGGCUGAAAGAGUUUGGGAUUGGAUGGAGAAUGUUGGAUUCUUCACCGAGGAAGCUGAUGGAACUAUGAGAAUUUAUGAUGGCGCUAAUAUCCCUAAUUGUACCGAUCCUACUACAUUGAGAUGGUCUUAUACUUAUGGUAUUUUCCUUAGUGGAUGUGCAUAUUUGUAUGAUUUCACCAAUGACACAAAGUGGCAGUCUAGAGCUAACGAAAUCUUACAAUCAUCUAUGUAUUUCUUUAAUAACUCAAUCAUGCAAGAGACAACUUGUCAACCAUAUUUAAUGUGUAAUAAUGAUCAAAGAUCCUUCAGAUCAUUAUUUUCUCGUUGCCUUGGUCUUACUCUGAUACUCAUGCCAGAGACCGCUGAAACUAUUAGACCGCUCUUGGAAGCUUCUGCCCAAGGUGCUGCUGCAUCUUGUUCGGGUGGUACAGAUGGUGUUACUUGUGGUCAAGAUUGGAGUUUGGGACAUUGGGACGGUUUUUACGGUUUAGGUGAACAAACGUCUUCUUUGGAAGUGAUUAAUUCCUUAAUAGUACAACAGCCACUUAGUAUUAAAACUGGUGGAACUAAUCGUACCAAUUAUGCAGCUGGUACUGGUGCGGAAGAUACAAUUAAUAGGAAUAAGAUUACAGUAACCGGUAAGGAUAAGGCAGGUGCAGGCAUAUUGACAGCAGUGGUCUUGCUUAUUCUUCUUGGAGGUGGUGUUUGGAUGGUCUUGUAA